CUUUCUUCCACAGUCACCGCCAUGUCGGCCGUUCCCAUCUACGACUGGUGCCCCGGCGCCCUCCCCUACUACAUCACCUCCGCCCUCGCUGCCGACGCCAUCAUCGCCCGCUACCUCGAGCACUACGUUGGCCACGUCGGCUUCGACCUCGAAUGGAAGCCCACUUUUGCUCGUGGCGCCCGUGAGAAUCCAGUCGCCCUCGUCCAGAUCGCUACAGCGACCGACGUCUUUCUCUUCCAUCUCUCUGCCAUGUCUACUGUACCAGCCUCUUUGAUGCGCUUCCUGCAGAACAGCUCAAUCAUCAAGGUGGGCGUCGGCAUCCAAAACGACGUCAAAAAACUCUACAAUGACUACAGACUCUCGGUGUUGUCUUGUGUAGACCUUAGCAUGUUUGCUAGGUCUGUCGACAACCCCUCUUGGAAUGGCCCCUUCAAGAAUCCCAUCGGUCUUGCCAGGCUCGUUUCCACCUAUCUUGGUUCUGCGCUAUCCAAAGGCUCUAUCACAAGGAGCAAUUGGGAAGCUUUUCCGCUCUCUUUAGCGCAAAAGCGAUAUGCGGCCAACGAUGCGCACGCCGGUUAUGCAGUCUAUUCCCACCUCCGUGCCCUAGAUCGUGAACGAGAAACACCCAUCAAGCAGUCAUACUACUCCUUCCAUGCCAUUCUCGGCCGUCUCUACCAUAUUCCUAUUCCAAACCCAGAGCAAGUCUCUUCAUCUCACAACGAUAUCUGGGGGCUCAGUGCCACCUCGCGUCUUGUCGAGUGGUUUCCCAGAAAUCCAGAAUAUGAUCCUGAUCCCCCUCCACCUUCCAAGGCACCCAAGACUUCGGAUGAACAAGCCGAAUCACCAAAGGACACCUCUGCAGAGCCUCCCAAUAAAUUUUCUCCUUUUCGGGGCAAAGGUACGUAUAAACGGAGGCGUAAUAAACCUCGCUCUGCUUCACUUCUGGUGUAGCUACUACUACCUAUGUAGGUAGGAUCUGAUAAUGAGUCGAAUCUAUGAAUCGGACCUUGGGUUUAUCCAUUGGCUCCCGC